UGGCGAGGGUGGAGUACGGAGACGAUGGAAUUAUGAAAAACUUAAAGCUGGGGACACAUUUCUUUCGAUGCAAGCGGGGACUAAUAAAUUUGAGACUCAACGUGGAAUGACUGCACCUGGAAUGCCUCGUUUAAAUAUUACAAUGGAUAAAAAAUUGGGUUAUAUUGAGCCAGACAGAAAAUCUGAAGAAUUUCUCCGUCCACAAUGCGGUACAAAUUUAUACGCAUCACAGGCAGGACAAACACCGAUAGGUGCAAACAGAAAUCAGUGUCCCAAUGUGGAAUACAAAAAGGAAUGGGAAACAAUUUUGGAGAAGGAAGGCGAAGGAAUUUUGCCUAAACAAAGUGGGGAUUAUGGAUUUGCUACACAGGCUGGAGAAGUAAAUAUGGGAGCACCUCGAAAUCAAGUGCCAAAUAUUCGUGGACGUUUACCCAAUGAUAGACGAACACAUGGAUUGCUUUGUUAUCAAUAUGGCACUAAUAUAUUUGCUUCUCAACAAGGAAUGUUGGGUGCACCGGGGCUUGGUGCAUUCAGACAAGCAACACAAGAUAUUGAUGGGCUUGGAUUUACAGAAGAAAAUAUUCGUGCUAGUUCAGAAUUUACUCCUUGGUAUUCUGGCCAAAAUAAAUUUGCUUCACAAAAGGGAACUGGAGGAUUUUUAAAAGUACGUGAUGUUCUUCCCCACACAACUGGUGGAAAAGAAAUACCGGAAGACUCGCGAUUAAAAUCUGAAGGGAUUGUGCCUCUUCAAUCUGGCACAAAUAAAUUAGCUUCACAAAAGGGAAUGACAGGCUUUGGAACGCCUCGUAAUACAAUGACUAGAAUGGGGUGGAAAAAAGAAUGGGUAGAGGAGUAUGAAGCUGCUAUGCGCGAGUGGGAAGAAAAUCGUCCACCCGGUUCUGCAUCAGCUGGAUCGGAUACGAAAUUUGAAGAAAGAGAGUCAUCCAAACUAAGUGAUAGUGGAGAUUCUGCUAAAGUUGAGACAAAACCAAAGGAAGAGGAAAAGAAUGAAGAGCCGGCAGAAAAGGAGGUGGAAGAGGAAGAAGUUGAGGAGGAAGAAGUUGAAGAAGAAGAGGAGGAGGAGGAGGAAGAGGUAAAUUUCAAACUAAGUGAUAGAAAAAAACUACCGUAUUUAUUUGAUUAA